AUGGACACCACAUUGGAUAGCAAGCUCAUCGGUAAGAUGAUCCAUACGGACUACAACACAGAUCAUUGCAAUGAGAGGCAUGAGGAUGGCAGCGGAAGACCACAGUCAGCCUCCAUUUCCAAUCCUCCCAACAGGGACGUGCAGCACACCACCCUGGAUAGCAAGCUCAUCGGCAGGAUGAUUCAUGCGGAUUGCAACACACAUCAUUGCAAUGGAAAGCACGAAGAUGACAGCGAAAGGCCACAGCCAACCUCAAUCUCCAAUCCCCUCAACGGGGAAGUGCCGGCGCCAGAAUACUUACAUUGUGGAUUCUGGCCGAGGCCGCUGACCAACGCCGACGUGGACGAGGAGAGCCACGAACCGCGUGGUCUCCAUGACCACCAUUAUAUAGGCACCGGUCGGAGCAGACCGGUGGUGUUGACGUGGUCCAAAGGGCCGGAGUGGUCGACUAAGGCGAAUCCUCAGGGAAAUGGUCCGGCGGAUGACGACGACGAGCCCGAGACCAUACAAAAAGGCGGAGACCACCACUCGGUCGUGACAGACCAAUUCUCCAAGGCGGUCGACACAUGGAGAAUGAAAUUACAUGGUUCUGACUCUGGAGAAGAGAAGAACGACGAGAAAGGUAUGUGGUCAAACGUGAAGAAAAGUCCCCUAAGACAGAGCAUCCCACAAGCUAACGUCAAUUCCCGAGUUCAAGCCAGGAAGCCAUAUUCGGUGUUGAGACUAUUCGCCAGACGGAGCGCCAACGACCGGAACACUGGCAGCAUCGACGGCACCGUGGAGACCAGACAGAGCGUUUUUGACCAGGAGAUUGCUGCCGAAUGCCGGGCUCGCAGUGAAAUCAUGGAGUACGUCGACAACCUGGUCAAUCGGGGAGAUUUCGACGACGCAUAUGCGUGUAUUUGGCCGCUGGAGGAGUAUCGUCGCAACGGAUGGGCCGAGGAGAUGAUCUUUGCUUUUCCAAACGAGUGUUUGGAAUUCGUCGACAUGGUGCACGCUCGCCAGAAGACGAGUUAG